CCCGCGGCCGGCGCGCGCUGUCGCCGUGGCAGCCGGGGCCGUGAGGGGCCGUGAGGGAGCCGCCGGGGGCCCGGCGGUGCCGCGGGGCCAUGGCGCAGGCGGCGCUGGGCGCGGCGGGGCUGCACUUCGACGAGCUGAACAAGCUGCGCGUCCUGGACCCCGAGGUGGCGCAGCAGACGGCGCAGCUCCGCGAGGAGUGCAAGGCCUUCGUGGACAGGAUCGUGGAGUUCCAGAAAAUAGUGGGCAGCCUAAUCGAACUCGUGGACCAGCUGGCAAAAGCUGCCGAAAGCGAGAAGAUGAAGGCCAUUGGUGCACGAAAUUUGCUGAAGUCUAUAGCAAAACAAAGAGAAGCUCAGGAGCAGCAACUUCAGGCUCUAAUAGCUGAGAAAAAGAUGCAGUUGGAAAGGUACCGAAUAGAGUAUGAGACUCUGUGUAAGAUUGAAGCAGACCAGAACGAAUUCAUUGACCAAUUCAUUUUUCAGAAAUAGAAGACUUUUAAAAAAAUAAUAAUUUGGAGCAUUCCAGAAUCCUGAGAAUUUAAAAAAUAUGCAAUUUUUCACUGUGUAUGAAUGAAUAGAUGGUUUGUACAAAUGAAAGUGUCUCUUAACACAGUGUGAAAUACACUAGAAGUGGCAAUAAGGAGGGCUUUCUAACAGAUGUAAAGACUGUUCUGUCCUUUGAUUUUUAUAAAAAUUUUUGUACAGUUAGUAGUUCAAAUUAUAGUUGAAUUAAUACUACUGUUCCUAUGUUAAUGUCUCACUUUUUGAAGUGUACAGCUCUUUCAAAGAAAUCGAGAAAUAAAUUAUUGUUUUCGGACUUUCUGGAUAUACCAGAA